AUGAUCAAGACGGAGAAGAUCCUCCACCUGAGGAGCUGCCGAGGCCGGAAGGUUCGUGUGGUUCGUGAACAUUACCUGAGAGAGAAGGUUCCGUGUUACAGCGAGCUGUGUCAGGCAGACUGCGACAACAACAACAACAACAACAACAACAACCAAGAUGGCAAAGUGCUGCCUGGAGAUCUGACCCACUAUGUGGUCCCUGAUGUCGGCGUGGUGGCGGACUAUCUGGAGAUUUUGGAGUUCAGAGAGCUGCAGGGCGUCAUCUUCACCCAGACCUCCUGCCAGGCCGUGCAGCACAGCAAAGGACGCAGGCAUUACAACCGACUGCGUAACCUGCUCAAAGACCCUCGACACGACUGUGUGCUGUUUGCCAACGAGUUUCAGGAGUAUUCCUACUGUCCUCGAGAGAAGGGGGAGAGCCAGGAGAAGUGGCAGACCAGGUGUGUGUACUCUGCAGCGGUGUGGUACUAUAACCACCUGGCAGGUAUGAAGGACGUAGUGAUGAUCACAGAGGACCAGGACGCCGUGGCUCAGUACAGCAGCCUCAACUCUGGAGUCUACGUCAUCUCCAUCCAGGAUUAUUUACGGAACUUCUGUCCGGAGCUGCAGGCAGCACAUGAACUGUACAGCUCCAUUUCUCAUGCGCUGCAGGAGAAGGAGAGCGAGGGCACGGAGAGGGAGUACACCGAACAUCUACCCGCCGAGGUCCUGGAGGCUGGGAUCAAGUCUGGCCGGUACAUUCAGGGCACUCUGAAUAUCAGUAAGCACCGGGCACACAGCGAAGCUUCGAUCAUGACCGAGGGUUUGUCCAACAAGAACAAAGAUCUGAGUUGGGGCGUGUUGGUGUGCGGUGCUAAGAAUCGUAACAGAGCUGUGCACGGCGACAUGGUCGUGGUGGAGCUGUUGCCAAAGAGCGAGUGGAGAGGGAAGGACACGGCCCUGACGGAGGCUCAGGGGGAGGAGAAGAGCGGAGAGGAAACCGACAGUAAACCCAUGCCGACAGGCCGUGUUGUGGGGAUCCUGCAGAGGAACUGGAGGGACUAUGUGGUGACGUUUCCCCCCAGAGAGGGGCCUCAGCCCCAGAGCAGGAACUCCCAGCGCAUCCUGGCUGUUCCCUGGGACCACCGCAUCCCCAAGAUCCGCAUCAGCACCCAGCAGGCUGACGCUCUGCAGGACCACAGAGUGGUGGUGCGCAUUGACUCAUGGGAAAGCACGUCGCUCUAUCCGAACGGCCACAGUGUGCGGGUGCUGGGUCGGGCCGGAGAGCUUGAGACGGAGAUCCAGACCAUCCUCAUAGAGAACUGCAUCCACGUGCCCCCCUUCUCAGAUGCACAGCUGAGAGAGAUGCCGGUCAACUCCCCCGAAAGGCCGUGGCGGGUGGAUGCCGCCCAGGUGGCGGAGCGGCGGGACCUCAGGGAGAGUCACCUGGUGUUCAGCAUCGACCCGCGGGGCUGCGAGGACGUAGACGACACGCUGUCGGUGCGCAGCCUUGCCGGCGGGAAGCUGCUGGAGCUGGGGGUCCACAUCGCCGACGUCACGCACUUUGUCGCCGAGGGCUCGCUCACGGACCUGGAAGCACGUACGAGGGCUACGACGUACUACCUGGCAGACCGCCGAUACGACAUGUUGCCAGGUGUUCUCAGUGCAGAUCUGUGCUCUCUGCUGGGAGGAGUCGACAGGUAUGCGAUGAGCGUGCUGUGGGAGCUCGAUGCUCAAACCCUCGCCGUCAACAAGGUGUGGUACGGUCGCACGCUCAUCCGCUCCUCCUACCAGCUCCACUACGAGCUGGCCCAGGAUCUGCUCAACGGGGAGCAGGCCGAGGUACCGGAGCUGGUCCGGCUGGAGUCUGAGGAGAAGGAUGCUAAGCUGGCUCAGCUCACCCAGGCUCUGGAGAUGCUGACACAUGUAGCCAGACACCUGCGGGCGCAGAGGGACCGAGGAGGCGCCCUGGAGCUGGAAGGGGUCGAGGUGCGAGCCCAGCUGGAUGAGGAGAGGAACAUCACGGCCCUGGUCCCCCGUCAGCCCCUGGAGGUCCACGAGACCGUGGCCGAGUGCAUGAUUUACGCCAACCACUGGGUGGCGCGCAAGAUCCAGGAGGCCUUCCCUCAUCAGGCCCUGCUGAGGCGUCAUCCGCCGCCGCGGCAGGAGUUCUUCAGCCAGCUGGUGGACAGCGCCGCGGCCCGGGGAUUCACCAUAGAAACAAGGACCAACAAGGCUUUAGCCGACUCUCUGGACCGGGCUGUGGACCCACAGGACCCGCUGGUGAACCGGAUGCUGAGAAUAAUGGCCACCACAGCCAUGUCACAGGCAAUGUACUUCUCCACUGGUCUCCAGUCCCAAGACCAGUUCUACCAUUACGGUCUGGCUCUGGACCGGUACACACACUUCACCUCGCCCAUCCGUCGCUAUGCUGACGUCGUGGUGCACCGUCUUCUCACCGCGGCCAUCGACAUGGACCGAGGGGCGGACCCCGGUAGAGGAUUAGCUAGUAACAAAGAACUGGAAGAACUGGCUCAUCAUAUCAACAACAAGAACAGGGCAGCCCAGCAGGCCCAGAAGGUGUCCACCGAGCUGUUUCAGUGUCUCUACUUCAAAGAAAGUGACCCUCAGUCGGACCAGCGCUGUGUGGCCGAUGCCGUCAUCUACUCCAUCCGAGACAACGGCGUGCUGGUGUUUGUGCCAGAGUACGGUGUUAAAGGGCCGGUGUACAUGAAGAACCGAGAGGGCCAGGUGGUGGCUGCAGGACAGGACGGUAGCUGUGAGUGGCAGAGCGGUUCCGUACGGCGCCACUCGGACCACAUCACCACCACCUCCAGCUGCGGCACCUCCACCUUCAGAAUGUUCGACCACAUCACCGUUCGUAUUUCUGUGCGCUCCACACAUUGCCACGCAGACACUCUAAACCUGGAGGUCAUCAGCAACAAGCCCCACCGCGGCGCCGAGACCCAGCGAACCCCCUCGCAACAGGGCCGCAGCCAGCUGGUCCAGGAGGUGGUACGCCUGGCCGAGGAGGCGUCCCAGCAGGCCCAGGAGAAGGCGGCCCGGCGGCCCAAACUCUCCAGAGAGGAGAGAGAGUUCUGCCAGAGCAAAACUCCCAACCUGUACUCUCUCCUGGAGGAGGUGAGAGAGCUGGCUCUGCUGGACCUGGACCGGGCUGCACCGGUCUGUGCAACAACAGCAUAGAGCCGCUGGGUUUUUAAAUAUCGUGGAUGACUACUGUAAACAUACAAUCUACUUCAGAACCGCCUCAAGCAGAAGAGGCUUUUCUCUUUCACAGAUUAAAGAUAGGGUCGACGAUGUUGUAAAGCUGGCAUCAUUUGAAAGUAGCAUCUCCUCAGGAGCUCUGUCUAAACCAAAAAAGUCCAAAAAAUGUCUGAAAAAAGGCCAAAGAAAUGCAAAAUUAAAGUCCGACAUACAAAUGUCCGAAAAAAAGGGGAAAAAAAUUCUUUAUGGGUUUCCCAGAUAUUAAAUGCAAAUGAAGGAUCUUCAUCACACUCUGAGAAAUAUGCUGAUUCUGUGGAUGUUUUCAUUAUUUUGGUCCACAAACUUUGGUUGUUAUGUAAAUAGAGAAGAACUGCAGUGAUUAUUGACUUGUUCAUGUUGUGAGACGGCGAUGAUGACGGCGUCUCCUAGAGACGUAAAGUCACUGAUGAGAAAUUAGUGUUCACACUGAGACAUGAAAUGACAUGUAGCACUGACAUUUUAACAAAACUUGUGACACUUUUAUAACUACUACUGAUACAAAUAUACAAGCAUGUAAUACAUGAAUGACCUCCAUAAUGAUCAUUUGAUUUAUAUACAUUUCAAAGUACUUCUCUGAUUAUCAUCGUAGGAGUCUGAUAUUAUAUUAUAUAUAUUUGAGAGUUGGAUAAUAAACGAUAUACAGUAUGGGCCCCGCGGGGAGAUUCAGUUUUUGCAGCAGUAGCAUAAAGACAGCAAUAGUACAGAUAAAUAGAUAAAGUAUAAUAAAUAAAUAAUAUCAAACAUGGUCUCUAAAGUAUAGCCUACACUAUGAAUUGUUUUGGCUGUUACUUUACAUGAAAUUAUUUCACAAGUUAAUCAAACUAUGACUUUUGUAACAACUUUUGCUGCCAAUUUCAAAUUUAGAAAGAAAGCAGGAUGUUUCUCCAAAUAUCAUUUUUUUUUUUUUUUAAUUCGAAAUAUUUUGAGGUGCUCCUGCAGCCGUCUCCCCAUUUAGUUUAAUUGUUUUACUGAAUUGCAUUUAGAUUUUUACUGAUUUGAUGGACUAAUGUUUAACUUUUAGUGAACUAGUAAUUUCCUCAGUUUUCCAGUGUAAACACACAAUGUACUGAAAUCCGUGCUAGUUGCUCAGGUUUAUUGACUUGUAAUGUAAUUCAUGUUUACUCUAAUUAUGACUCUUGUAUUAGUAAUCUUGUAGCCUGUAUGUUUCUUUGUAUUAAAGUAAAGUGCUACCACACAAUCUAUUUUUGUAACAUGGUUGAUGAUGUGGUUUUCAAUUUCACCCAUAAGGAUGAAUAUUAAACUCUUGUGUAAGUU